GUUCUUCAACACUUUAAAACCAGAACAACCAAUUCCUCUCAAACCUCCCUUUCAAAAAACCUCUCUCUCUCCUCCAUUUUUCCUCACCUCUAAAACAACCUACCCUAAUAACUUGGCCUACAAACCUAAACAAUUUUUCAAUAAAAAAAAAAACCCAGAAAAAAUGCCAUUAAAGAUAAAAAACCUCAAAUCCAUAGAUUUCUCAUGUUCGUCACCAUCAUCAACAGCCAUUUGUUCAAGUACACACCAACAUUUCAUGGUUAAAAACUCAACUAAAUCAUUUACCAAUAAUAAUAAUAAUAAUAAUAAUAAUAAUAAUAAUAAUAAUAAUAAUAAUUCAUUAUUUUCUUCAAGAGCACGUUGCAUUUCUGAACUUCCUUUUAAUCCUCGACUUUCUUCAUCUUACCGUGAAAAACCCAGAAAAAAACCUUCUAUUCUUAAACAAUCUGAUCUUACACCCAGAAGAAAAAGCUCAGCAGAUGCCAUAGAUUAUCGACGCUUUCAUGAAAAAUGUAGCUAUAAUCCUACUCUUAGUCCUUCUAGAACUCAUUCUUCUCGGUAUCUUCUGGGUGAAUCGAAGUUUCUAGACUCAAUUUCUGAGUCUAAUCAUCAUCAUCAUCAUCAUAAACUUACUAAUAAUAGAAAGAAUGCUAAAAAUUAUGAUGCUUGGGCUUUGAUUCCUAGUACUCCAAUUGUAAGUACAACAAACCCAGAAGUUCAUGAAACGAAGAGUUUUGAUACGGAAAUAAAGAGUAAUAAAUCAUCAUUAGAGCUUGUUAAUUAUGGUGAUCAAAGGGUGAUUAAGUCUACUAAUGAAAUAAGAAAGUAUGAUUAUGAGGAUAAUCAGAAGGAUAAUUGCAGGAAUGAUUCUAUUGUUUUGAAGAAAUCGUCUUCUACUGGUAAUAAUCGAUCUCGUGACCAGGUUGUGAUAUUGAGAGUAUCAUUGCAUUGCAAAGGUUGUGCUGGCAAGCUUAGGAAACAUCUCUCCAAGAUGGAAGGAGUGACAUCAUAUAGCAUAGAUUUGGAAACAAAAAAAGUGACGGUUAUAGGAAAUGUGACACCAUUAAGUGUGUUAACAAGUAUUUCAAAGGUGAAGAAUGCCCAAUUCUGGCCAUCACCAUCUUCAGCUUCACCAUCAUCUUCAUCGUCUUCUUCCUCAACAUCGUCGAAUACUUCCAUUGAUUAUCAUGCAACCCAUUAGAUCAUCAGCUUAAUGUGAAUUUAAAUUAGUAUUUUGAAGCACUAAUUAAGCUUGUCAAGUUUUAUUUUUUUUAAUUGUUUUUUUAUUUUGAUGCAUUAUUAUCAAAAACUUGUUUCUUUGCCAAUGUUUGUGGGGUAUAGUAUAGUACUAUAGUAUGUACUGUAUAUUCCAAAUUCCUAUCUAGUUAUUUGGGAUUUUUUUAGCUACUUCUACUUUA